UACCUUUUUGGACGCGGUAAAAAUUUUAUUUUUUAUUGUUUUUCUUUUGUUUUCUCGUUAAUUGUUUCAUUUGUGAUUAGAUUUUGUGAAUUAUGGAUUUCGAUUGUCCGGGAAUCGAAAGUUACUUUCCUCGUGAAUGUUUCGGUGAUUCAAAUUUCAGAAAAAUAAUUGACCAUUGUAAAGAAGUGGUUGAACCUUUAUUACCGAUGGAAGGACUCACUUUGGAUUGUAUUGAAAACGAAGGUUACUUUUCUAUUGAUAUUUAUCGUUUAGAAUUUGUCAAUGAAGAAUUUUUGAAUAAAAUUCUUGAAGAUCCGUUAAAUUAUUCUAAAUAUUUGGGUGUUGCUGUUCUCAUGCUUUACAAGGCUUAUAAGGAAUCGGAGGCCGAGGAAGGAGCAAGUCAAACCUGCGAAAUUGAAACGCUUAGAAGACUUUGGUUUGAAUGUACUGGUUACAAGGAGAUAAUCCCAAUCGCCAGUAUUUCACCGCCUCAUUAUGGUAAAUUUGUCACCAUCUCCGGUAUGGUUGCUUCAAUUAGUAAAGUCACGGAGACAGUAUACGAGGCCACCUUUCGAUGUGAGAAAUGUUCAAGUCUUCAAUAUGUACUUCAACCCAUGGGACAAUUUCAAACUCCGAAAACUUGCCAUUCACCUAAUUGUAGUCUCCAGUCCAACAAUUCUCAAGCAAAUCAUCGUCCAUCAUCUAUUACAUUUUCACGACUCAAACAUGCCGAUAUCAAAGUACCAUCACAGAUAAUUACAGUGAUCCAAACUCGUUUCGACAAUAAAUCAAACGAGAAACAUGUCGAUGUAAUUCAAGUUCAGCUAUUAAAUCAUCUGAUAGAAAAAUGUUUCAUCAUGGAUUCAGUAACGGUCUCUGGUAUCAUAGUUGAACCCGAAAAUAUUGAAGGAACUGGAAUCUGUAGCUUUUACAUGAUAUGCAUAUCUAGAUAUGUAUGUUAUAUGAGGGAGGCUAGUUUUAAAUGUAAUAGAUGACUUUUCGUGGCUAAUAUAAUAAUCAUUAAAUCUUGACGCGUGUUGACCUUUUUUAGACAAUGAAAAAAUAAAAUAUAAAUUAAGAGAUCGUUUUUCAAUAAUAUUUACCAUAA